GUGUGCCAGAUUUUAAUUCCCUCCUUCACAGUAUCCAAACGUUCACCCAGUGCUUGAAAAGCCUAUAUAUACCAAGAUAUGGGUUCUGAUCAUCAUCAAGUGCCCCUAAAGCUUCCGGUCCUAGAUUUCUCAAACAAGGAAUCUCUGAAUCCUGGCACCAACUCAUGGCUCUCUGCACGCAAACAUGUUCAAGGAGCACUCGAAGAGUUUGGCUGCUUUGUAGUUUUGUACGACGGAAUCUCUCCGGACUUCCGCAACACUUUGUUAGCUACUAUGCAAGAGUUGUUUGAUCUCCCUACUAAAACCAAAAUGACAAACAAAUAUGAGGCUAAACCCUUAAAUGGGUAUGUUGGGCAAAUUCCCAAACUCCCUCUCCAUGAAAGCAUGGGCAUCGAUAAUGCCACUUCUCUGGAGGAAACUCAGAGAUUCACUGAGCUCAUGUGGCCAGGUGGAAAUGAUAACUUUUGUGAAAGUGUAUAUUCGUUUGCCAAAGUAGCAGAAGAGCUGGAUAAAAUGGUGACUAGAAUGAUAUUUGAGAGCUAUGGCGUGGAGAAGUGUUAUGACUCUUAUGUUGGGUCCAUCACUUAUCUUCUUCGACUGUUGAAGAACAAAUUGCCUCAAGAAAACCAACCUAAUCUUGGCUUUGUCCCUCACACUGACAAGAGCUUCACAACCAUACUUUACCAGAACAAUCAGGUUCAUGCUUUGGAGAUUGAAACAAGAAACCAUGAAUGGUUUAAGGUUGAGUUUCCACCUUCAUCCUUUAUAGUCAUGGCGGGUGAUGCACUAAUGGCAUGGAGUAAUGACAGAAUAUUAUCUCCGAACCACCGAGUUGUUAUGAGCACUGGGCAUGAAACGGAAGCAAGAUACUCUAUGGCACAAUUUGCAUUUAGCAAUGGCGAGAUCCGAGUGCCUGAUGAGCUUGUUGACGACCAACACCCCUUACGGUACAAGCCUUUCGAUCAUGUCGGGUUACUACGUUUCUUUCGUACUGCUGAAGACAACUCGAACUCUGCUAUAAAAGCCUAUUGUGGUGUUUGAAAACUUUGUAUAUAGCACUCUAAUAAGUAAUGUGUUCUUAUUUCAAGGUUUGCUAGUUUGUUUGAAUUAUGAGAAUGUACUAAUUAUCGUUGUUGUUGUGUGGCUAUUUUCCUUCUAUAUGUAUGUUGUCUUUUUAUCGAUGUAAUAAAC